AAAAUGAGAGUAGUGUAUCAGUGGAGGCAGGGAGGGAACACAUCUCCGCGCUGAGCGUGAAAACCAAGACGCACCGAUACAAAAACACAGAGGAUUUUAAUGGCGCUGUAUGAUGUGGAUUUGAAACGAGGUUUGACAGCAUCACAAUUUGGAAUCUGAAAUUUUGUUUGUGUUUGGUUCAGUAAUAUGGGGAUGGACAGACGGAGGCGAGCUUCUCUUGCACUCACUUUGAACUUCAUUGCGCUUCUGUUCGCCGUGUCCGCACUCACUUCCAGUUACUGGUGCGAAGGAACCCGGAAAGUUGUGAAGCCGUUUUGCACGGGGCCAGUAACUACGAAACAGACCUACUGCAUCAGGUUUAACAGCUCGAACCUAAACGAUACCCGUCUGGUCCAGUAUAUCUGGGAAACUGGAGAGGAUAAGUUUGUCAUGAGGAAAUUUCAUUCUGGAAUCUGGUUCUCCUGCGAGCAAAAUGUCAACAUGAUCGGUGAAAAAUGCCGAGUUUUUCUCAACAUUGCACCGCCUCAUGAAAGAGGUGUCCUGUGGUUGUGUAUCGUGGCCGAGUGCCUUUACAUUAUUCUGCUGGCCACGGGAGGCAUUCUCAUGUCUAUGGAGGUGUGUCGUUUUGGCAACGUCAUCGAUGGCCUCAAGCUGAACGCCUUCGCCGCCAUAUUCACCGUCCUAUCAGGCCUCCUUGGUAUGGUAGCCCAUAUGAUGUAUACCACAGCAUUCCAGUUAACAGUGAGUUUGGGUCCAGAAGACUGGAAACCACAGACCUGGGACUACAGCUGGUCAUACAUAUUAGCGUGGAGCUCUUUCACUGCCUGUAUGGCCUCGUCAGUGACCACCAUCAACCGCUACACAAAGACUAUCCUAGAGUUCAAGCACAAGCGCAAGAACAUCGAGAAGAACCUGAAGAUCAAGCAGAAGCUGCUGGACCUGGAGUCCCCGGACCAGGUGUGGGACAUGUACAUCAGCUCUGUCCCCAGCACCACGGCCGAGGAGCUCAUGGACCUAUCCAGCUCGGGCCGCAAGCUCUCCCACAACUCCGUCUUCUUGGACCUCAAUGACCUGCCGGACCACCGCCAGGUGGAGGAGUACUGCUGAGGUUUCACACCGCGAGCAGGAGAGAGGGGCGUGAGCUGGCCGUCCAGGGCUGCCGUUUACCCCCGACCAACCUCCGCCCUCCUGAUCUUACUACUGCUGCCUGCUAGCAGUGCCCUGCUCUCUCACAGUAAACAAAUGUGGUCUCUCUCUCUCUCUCUCUGUCUCUCUCUUUCUCUCUCUCUCUCUGUCUCUCUCUCUCUCUCUCUCAACACUGGGCUAUGUUGUGACCAAAAAAGACUAACUGUCUUGUUAGUGAGUUUCUAUCAUUUUUGUCUAUUUGUUAUUGUUUUUCAGCAUGUGCAUACAUGCAAAGUGCACAGCUUGGAAUUAGAGUAUUUGAUCUUGGUGAACAUUAAUGUGUUCGUUUGUUUGUUUUUCAUAUUACAUCAGACCACAGAUCAAAUCAGAUCAACAUAUGGAUGGUUUCAAGAAUAUCUUGAGAAUUGACUGCCUAUCCAUUAAAGAACACAUUUCACAUGCAGAUAGAUAUGAUCCCGUAUUAAGUGUAAAAGGAUGACUGGCUGCUCAGUCAUUUGCUAACUGCUUAUUGGGACUAAACCAGACAUUCCGACAUGGAUGCCAUUGUGUGUCCUGUUCAAAAGACAUGGAUUCCCUUCUAAGUAAUCUUACAGCGUCCUCAGCUUCUGUCUGCAAGUGUCCUGCUGUGUGUACAAUGUAUUUAGUUACAGACCACAUGCUGAGUGCCUUUGCGUGUUGUAUCGAUCUACUUUUCACAGUCGUUUUAAACUGCAUGAUGAAUAUUACCAAUAGCUUUAGUUUGAGCAUGUUUUGUAAUAUGUAAAUGUAACGGUCAUUCUAAUUCCUCUUUUGAAUUUUGUCUAAUUUGAAUUUAGAGAACAUUUCUAUCUCGGGUAUAACUGACAAAAUACAUGCUAAUCGGUUCUUGAUAAUCGUUUCUUCAUACUGCGCGGUUUUGUUUCUCUUGUGUUAUCUAAUUGUGUCAUUCAUGACGUGAAUGACUUGACAGCUUUUGGUCAGUAUGAUUAUAUUUGUCUAAUGCUUUUAGACUUAAAACACAAAUAUGUAACCUAAGAGGGUAUAUUAAAGUGUAUAUUGAAAUAUGUAUUAAUAAGCUCUAAUGGUAAGCCCUCACUUUUCAUGAUUAGCCUUCAAGGUAUCAUGUCAUUUGAAAUAUUUUGCGAACUCAAACUCGUUUGCCCCUUGUGAUUAUAUUGUUUGGUCACUUAUUUGGAUAAAAAUAGGUCCACAAUAGAAAUACAUUAUUUUUGCUCACAUGCUGUAAUGUUUAUUGUACCUCUACUUUAAUUUCAGUGGUAGAUGUUAUGAAGCUAUAGAUGUUGCUAUGGAAGCCAGACUUGCAUGGACAGUUGAGUCUUUUGAGCAUGUUGAUUUGACAUAUUUGGGGACCAUUUUUGACAAGAAUUAAACUUGACCUUUAUUAUAAGCUAUGUAGCCAUUCAAUAAAACACAUAAUUUGUUCACAAAUGCAUCUUUAUGUGAACCAUUACAAAUAAUGUGUGACUGACCGAGAAUGCAUCCUGCUCGUUCAUCAAAGUGUGCACACACAAUAUGCUCAGUUAUGUGUCUGUAAUUCAGUAUCUCUGUUUAUUUUGGGUGUCAUAUUCUGGUUUACUCGUAAUGAGUUGUACUGUGCACUAGUGCCCUCUAGUGCCUGCUAUUGAAAAUGACAUCAUAUGAAAUGAUAAUUAAAUGCUUAACUGAGGAUAGACUAGACAUACUUUCAAAAGGGAUGCUUUAUUCCAGUUUCUUCAGUCAAACGAGUAUGACUCAUUUAGUUUGUAUUAGUUGUUAAUGCAUAUAUCCUUUCAUUUUAUCUGUGUUUUUUUUUUUUUACAUAUAGGCCUACUGAUUCAAAAGCUGGACUUUGACUUAGAAGAGUUUUGGAGCUGAAAACCCAUUGUAAACUUGCUGGCCUAAAUGUUACAAUUAUGUAUUUGGUUUCAGGUGAUAUCAUGUGACAAGUUCUGUAUCUGUAACCUCAUUUGAACACGUGUGCAUUUGUGAAUCUGAACGCGUUUAGCUUUGAUCGCUGACUAGUAUGACGUUUGUUUUUAGCCUACGUAAUUGAGCUCAACUUAUGUACAUGGGUAAUACUUUGAGAUAUGGACCCCAUAUGUUGGGUGGAGAUGAAAAAUAUUGAUUUUUGUAUCGACUGUAUGAUUCUGUUAGAGAAUCGGAUCCCUUUCUUGUAGCUGACAUGAGAACACAUUCGCACCGCCAUACCGCUGAAUCAUGGGGCUUAGUACAAUUUUUAAUGUUUUGUGUAGCCUACCAGAAUAUUUUCAUUAUUCAUUUUAUGGAAACUGGAUUAAUGAGGAUUUACACCGUUUUGCCAAAUGCAUUGUUUACAGGGAGUUGUCCUGCUAUGGCAGGUGAGGUGAUACCAUUUAAGAUGUAGGAAAUGUAUAAUUGUUAAAACUAUGAUAAUAUAUAAUGCUAAUUUAUUUGUAAACACUGUUCUGUAAAGCAGAUAAUAAACCUGCCGUUGCUUCAACUGUGUUUGCGUCUUUAUCAUUGUGGGACAGCAAAUCCUUUAUUCAAGGGAGUUCUAGAGAAAUGGUAUGGGAACAUGAACACUAUAUUUCUCUAACGGGUUGCAUUUACUUGAUUACCUGCAAGGGUCACCCCCUCUUCCCUGUUUUUAUGUCAUAUGACACAGUGAUUAUACCGGCUCCAGAUCAUUGAUUUCAUGCAUACAGACAAAUACGCCUACUUUAAUUCACUUAAUUAAUGAAUGAAUCUUGUUUUGCCGUGUUUUUUUUUUUUUUUUUUUUUGUCUUAUUCUAAACUGCUGCCAAAUUAAAGCUAAAUUGGCAUUCCUAUUUCCUGCAUCAAACUAUGUGAUUCAUCAAAUUAACUGGUGUAAUGAUGACAACAGUUGUAGUGUAUGGUUUGCUCACUGCCACCCCAGUUCUGACGAUGGCUUAACAGUCCUCGACGUCAAACGGUCUUGUAUGUCAAUCUGUUAGACUUUUCAAUGAUUUAUUAAUUUACAAACUGCAUACACUUCCUAUUGCCAAACCGCUCCAACUGUGAACAUUGUGAUUACAGGGUAAUUCCACAGGGUGGCGCACUUACACAAA